AUGAAUAUCAGCAGCAGCAGAAGUUCAAUUUCGGAAGAAAAAGAUUUCCCCGUACAGGGUUCUUGGAUUCCUGUGACCCCUGUUAAGCCCAUUUUGCCAAUAACACAGCCCCAGAUCUGUGCAGGCAGGGAACACAGCCAGCUAUACCUGGAAAGCUCGUCAGGAUCAGAAAGAUUUCCCCCUACCUUCCCUCAAGAAACUCAAGCUCAUAAGGUAGUUGCAUGUGAAAAUUUCAGAAAUUGUGCAGAAUUGAACAGUUUCAGCAGUUGGAAUCCAGUUCCAGGUGCAGAAAUGGGGGUUCGAAAUUACAAUGCUGGAAUAUAUAGGAAGCCUUCUUUCAACCUGGAGAUGAGUUUGGACAAUAUUCCUUUCACCCAGCUAUUGGCUCAGACAAAUGCAGCCUUCAUUCCAUCUGCCGUAUCACCUGAGAAUGUUAGUGGGGCAAGUAGCCCUUUCAUGUCUGCUACACAUCUCCACCCUGAAGUUUCUAGCUCCACAAGCAUGUUGCUUAAAAGCCAAGAUCUCUUGCUUGGAUCAAGCCAGUGGACAAGUGCACCUGAUAUGAAUCAAUAUGGACUCCCCACUUACAGGCACUUUUAUGACCUUAAUUCACCACCUGAAUCAAUGGCAGAGGCAGUCUCUGGCAGCGCUAUCUCCCACUUUGCACCCAUAACACCAGAUAAAAACAGGCGAGUAGAGAACAGCUGGGUUGCCAAAUCUCAAAAUUUAUGCCCAGAAGAAAAAACUGUUCAAGAAACAGAGAAGCAAGAGAAGGCUAUUGACACCACAAGGGUUGAGGUCAACCACCUCCAUUGUGAUUCAAAACUUCUGCAGUCACCAACAGAUUUAUCAUUUGCUCCUGUCUCCUCACCAUUAAAUGAAAAUGUCAAUCUUGACAAUGGAGGCAACCAUGCUAUUGGCCCACUGACAGAGAAUUGCAAUUUUGACAAAAGAGGAGACCAUAUUAUUGACCUGAAUAAGACACCCCAACAGAAACCUAGAAGAAAAAAGCACAGGCCCAAAGUAGUCAUAGAAGGCAAACCUAAAAGGACACCAAAGCCAGUAAACCCAAAGUGCACUGGUUCCCAGGGAAAUCCAACAGGCAAGAGAAAGUAUGUUCGCAAGAAUGGAGUCAACAAACCCUCAACAAAUUCUCCAGCAGAAAUAAUGGGUCGGAGUACCGAACCAGAAAGGCCUGAACGUACCAUGAUGUCAUGUAGAAGGGGAUUAAACUUUGACGACAAUGGUAGAGCAAGAGGUGGAAGCUCUUCAUGCAUAUCCACUUCUGAUUUGAAUUCAGAACCACAAGCACAAGAUUUCUGUACCCAAGGAAUUCAAUCAAAAUCUGUUGUGAUGCUCAGUAAAGAGAUGGAAGUUACGGUAGAAGAGACACAAGUAGGCAUCGCCUAUGACCUUACUCGUUCAAUGAAUCAAGAGCUGAAAAAUUACGUGUCAUUGCCUGAUAGACAAUUCCCAAGCACCCCACCUCAAAGAAAUACUGAUCAUCCAUGGGAGAAACUGAAGAAUGAUGCCCAAAAUGAGAAUGACAGAGAAAGAGCAAGUCAAGAAAUUGUGUGUGAUAAACAGGAAAACAUUUUACAAGAAAGCUUGAAAUCAAUGAGUCCAAAUAAUACCAAUUGCAGCACCAGUGCAAGUUUGAAAGAGAGAGAACAUAGAAGGGGAACCAAAAGGGUACACUCCCAUAUUGUUGACAAGGCAGAUCCAAGAACCAUGAGUAUGAAUGGGAAUCAGUACAAUUCUGUGCAGGCAUAUCAUGCUAAGUUUCAGGCAAAUGAACAAAAUAGGAACCCUGGCAUGCAUUUUCCAGAAAUUUACAAGAAAAAGAGAACUGAGAAGGGAUUGAAUUCAACUGCAACUAACUUAUCACCUGUAAUGGCUGCUAAAAAUAUUGUGAUGCUAGCAACAGCAUGCCCUCAAAAUCAUGCAAUCCCAAGUUCUUCUGCAUCAAAAUCUGACAGCUGGAUUUCUGCCUCUCGAUUCACUAAUUCCAGUGCCCCAGCUACUCAAGGACAAGCAGAAAAUGGUGGCCAAGACAAAGUGCAGACCUUUGAUUGUAUGCUAGCCUUAGGCCCAAGAGAGAGGUUGACCAAAAAAAGAUCCAAGGGCCUCACUAGGGUUCGUGACUUAGCUUCCCUGAAUGGAAUUGCACUGUGUAAACUACUGCCAAAUUUCCCUGACAAGAGAAUUUCACCAAAUCCUGAUGUUCAAGGGGCAGAAAGUUCAAACAGGCCACACACAUGCAUAGAAGCCCUAGUUGCAGAGACCAGUAAAUUGGCAAGAAGGAAGCGGACCAAAAAGAGAAACCCAGUUGUAGGUUCAACAUCAUCCAGAACAAAUGAAGUGCAGCUACACCAGCAGACUGAUGUAUAUAACAACCGACAGCUUCUCAAGUUAGCAGAUCCUCCAGAACUAAUAUGGAAACACAUGCUUUCAAUUGAUACAAUCAUUGAGCAAUUGAAGCAUCUUGACAUCAAUAGGGAAAGUAAAAUUUCUUAUCAAGAGCAGAAUGCACUUGUCCCUUACAAUAUGAAUAAAGAGGAGAAAAAUGCACUUGUCCUUUAUAAAAGAGAUGGCACUAUCGUUCCUUUUGAGGAUUCAUUUGGUCUUGUCAAGAAACGACGCCCACGGCCUAGAGUGGAUCUUGAUGAAGAGACAAGUAGAGUAUGGAAGCUUCUGAUGGGAAAUAUAAAUAGUGAAGGUAUCGAUGGUACAGAUGAGGAGAAGGCAAAAUGGUGGGAAGAAGAAAGAAAUGUAUUUCGUGGACGAGCAGACUCAUUUAUUGCACGCAUGCAUCUAGUCCAAGGGGAUAGACGCUUUUCCAAAUGGAAGGGGUCAGUUGUGGACUCAGUGGUUGGAGUCUUCCUCACACAGAAUGUUUCAGAUCACCUUUCUAGUUCUGCAUUCAUGUCACUUGCUGCCCAUUUUCCCUGUAAGUGCAACCACAGACCAUCAACUGAAUUGGAAACGAGGAUUUUAGUUGAAGAACCAGAGGUCUGCACACUAAACCCAGAAGACACGGUCACAUGGAAUGAGAAAAUGUCAAAUCAAGCAGUCUGUGACCAGAGUUCUAUGACACUGCACCACACUGAGGAAGCUGUUAACAGCAAUGGAUCCUAUGGAAACAGCAGAGGAACAGUUGGCACUGUUGAUAUUUCAAAAGACAAAAUGUUAGAUUCUACUGGUAAAAAAAUGUCUAACAAAUCGAGUGUGAAUGGGACAACCACCCAGAUGAUAGGGACAGAACUAGCAUGUUUUAUAGGAGGAGACAGGACUGCAGCAGAUGAUGCAGCUUCUUCUCAAAACUCUUUAGACUUUUCAAUAGCUCAGACUGCUGAAAAAAUAGGAUCAUGCUCAGAAAGCAAUUCAGAAGUAGAGGAUAUUAUGCCAACUGGGUAUGGACUCAACAAUUUUGAUGGAUCCACUUCCUUUGUGGGGCUUUUACAGAUGGCAGAAUCCACCAGGUUACAUGAAGUUUUCUGUCGCAGCAAUAUCAAUGCAACAUGUGGAGCAAAUCCAAAGGAUGUGAACUACCAUUCAGAAAGCAUGAGUGGUUAUAACAAGAGAAGUCAAAACAUGGAUGGAUUGGCUGACUGUAGAAGUUCACUGGGAGUAACCAUUAUCCCUUCCAGUAAUUAUCAUUUGCAUCUAAACCCCAACUCAGGAGUGUUGGAAGUUGAAGGUUUUGAAAUGUCUGGAGAAACCAGAUCUUCUGAAAUUUCCAAGGAUCAAAAGUGUGUGAGCGAACAAAGUGGAUUAACAGCAGAAUCUGACAAUCAAGCUAAAGAUGAAAAGAAGCUGACAGAGAGCAUUCAAGCAGGACCAACAUCUUCUUGUGAAAAUACCUUCUCAGAUAACAACCUUCAAGGAGAAAACAACAAGAUCAUCGAGUCCCAAAGCAGCCCUGUUGGAGAUCCUAAAAAUGUUGUUGAGUCUGUGGGUCAGGAGCAGAUCAGCAGAAUGCAGCAAAGUCAGAAUUUGAUGAACAUUUCGGGAAAGGCCUUGGAUGUUAUUGACUGUCCCAGUGCAUUCAGUAACCAAACACAUAUCGAGGAUAGGAAAAGCGAGACAGGUGUGAAAGAACAUGGUCUUUCUUCUAGCAAGGCAUCUAAUGAAAUUGGUGUGGACACUUCAAAAGCAAAGAAGGGAAAGGCCCGAAGGGAGGAAAAAAAUACACUUCAUUGGGAUAACUUAAGAAAAGAGGCUCAAGUCAAUGGAAGGAAAAGGGAAAGAACAGUAAACACAAUGGACUCAUUAGAUUGGGAAGCAGUGAGAUGUUCAGAUGUUAAUGAAAUUGCUAAUACCAUCAAAGAAAGGGGUAUGAAUAACAUGCUUGCAGAGCGAAUCAAGGAUUUUCUUAACAGGCUGGUUAGGGACCAUGGAAGCAUUGAUCUUGAGUGGUUGAGGGAUGUUCCUCCUGACAAAGCAAAAGAGUAUCUGCUAAGCUUUAGAGGGCUUGGGUUAAAAAGUGUGGAAUGCGUUCGGCUUUUGACCCUCCACCACCUUGCUUUUCCAGUUGAUACAAAUGUUGGACGUAUAGCUGUAAGAUUGGGAUGGGUACCCCUUCAGCCCUUGCCUGAGUCACUUCAAUUGCAUCUUCUAGAACUAUACCCAGUGCUAGAGUCAAUUCAGAAAUAUCUUUGGCCACGACUAUGCAAGCUCGACCAGAGAACAUUGUAUGAGCUGCAUUACCAGAUGAUCACAUUCGGCAAGGUUUUCUGCACAAAAAGCAAACCAAAUUGCAAUGCAUGUCCAAUGAGGGGAGAAUGCAGACACUUUGCAAGUGCAUUUGCAAGUGCAAGGCUUGCCUUGACAGGGCCAGAGGAAAGAAGCAUAGUAAGCACAAAUGCAAACGAAUCAAUGGAUGGAAACCCUGAUGUGACCAUCAAUCCACUGCCUCUACCACCACCUCUACCUCAGAAGCAAUCAUCAGAAGCAAAUCCAGGGAUCAAUAACUGUGAACCCAUUGUUGAAGUACCAGCAACACCAGAACAAGAACAUCCACAAAUAUUAGAAAGUGAUAUUGAGGACACCUUGUAUGAGGAUCCUGAUGAGAUACCAACAAUCAAACUCAACAUUGAAGAGUUCACUCACAAUUUACAGAACUAUAUGCAGAGAAAUAUGGAACUUCAAGAAAGUGACAUGUCAAAGGCUUUGGUUGCUUUAACUCCAGAAGUUGCUUCUAUUCCCAUGCCCAAGCUUAAGAAUGUUAGUCGACUACGAACAGAGCACCAUGUCUAUGAGCUUCCAGAUUCACACCCUCUACUGGAAGGGCUGGACAAAAGAGAACCUGAUGAUCCAUGUUCAUACCUUCUCGCCAUUUGGACCCCAGGUGAAACUGCAAAUUCCAUUCAACCACCUGAAAGAACGUGUAGCUCCCAGGAAUCUGGAGGACUAUGUGAUGAAAAGACAUGCUUCUCGUGCAAUAGUAUACGAGAAGCAAAUUCCCAAACUGUCCGAGGGACACUUUUGAUACCAUGUCGAACAGCAAUGAGAGGGAGCUUUCCAUUGAAUGGCACAUACUUCCAAGUUAAUGAGGUGUUUGCUGACCAUGACUCCAGCCUUAACCCCAUUGAUGUUCCUAGGGCCUGGAUAUGGAAUCUGCCAAGACGCACUGUGUACUUUGGGACCUCCAUACCAACAAUAUUUAAAGGUUUAUCAACAGAAGAUAUACAAUACUGUUUCUGGAGAGGAUUUGUUUGUGUAAGAGGGUUUGACCAGAAAACACGAGCACCUCGGCCCCUGAUGGCCAGACUGCACUUUCCAGCAAGCAGGUUGACAAGGACAAAAGGUAAAAUAAAUGAGAACUAGGUAUUGUGCUUGAUGAAAUAUCACAUUGGUUGACGCCAAAUCUAGAUAAUCGUACAAUCCAGAGAACAAUGUCAAUUCAACAAAAGGAGAACAUUCAGUUGCACAGAAUGGGUGAGGUCGUAACUUGUCUAAUGGGAAGGUUGUUACCCGGUUACUUUCUAAGAUUCCAUGACAAGUGAGUAGGUAUUUUGACCAACAUUCAGUGGCUCAAAAUUUGAGAGCUUGUAACUUGUUAGUGGAAAAAGGCUGUUUACCAGUUUUAGGUUGUAAGUUCCCGUGACAAGUGGGAAGGUAUUUUUGUACAUGGUUAACAAGAUAAUCAAUGUAAUGCUCAAGGUUGGAGCCAUUCUUCCAGAACCAGUAAAUAUCACUGACUAAAAUUUGUCGUC